GUGCUGCCCGCGUGCUGUCCACGUGCUGCCCGCGUGCUGCCUCCGUGCUGCCCGCGUGCUGCCCCCUGAAUCCAGCGGAGAGGCGUCAUGUCCACCUCGUCGAGAAAGACGAAACCCCCCGCCAAGAAGGGCAUCCUGGAGCGGCUGAAUGCUGGGGAGGUGCUGAUCGGUGAUGGGGGCUUCGUGUUCGCGCUGGAGAAGAGGGGCUACGUGAAGGCCGGGCCCUGGACCCCGGAGGCGACCGUCGAGUACCCCGAGGCCGUGAGGCAGCUGCACAACGAGUUCCUGCGAGCUGGCGCCGACGUGAUGCAGACCUUCACGUUCUACGCCAGCGAGGACAAGCUUGAGAACCGUGGCAACUACGUGACCAAGAAGAUCUCCAGCGCGAAGGUGAACGAGGCGGCGUGCGAACUCGCCCUGGAGGCCGUCUCGGGCACGGCGGCCCUGGUGGCCGGCGGGGUGAGCCAGACGCCGUCCUACCUGAGCAACAAGAGCGAGACCCACGUCAAGGCCAUCUUCCGGCAGCAGCUGGAAGUCUUCGUCCGCAAGCAGGUCGACUUCCUCAUCGCCGAGUACUUUGAGCACGUGGAGGAGGCGGUGUGGGCCGUGCAGACGCUCAAGGAGACGGGGAUGCCCGUGGCCGCCACCAUGUGCAUCGGGCCCGAGGGCGACCUGCACGGCGUGUCCGCUGGCCAGUGCGCGGUUCAGCUCGUCAAGGCUGGGGCCGACAUCGUGGGUGUGAACUGCCACUUUGACCCCAGCACUUCCCUGCGCACCGUGAAGCUGAUGAAGGAGGCUCUGCAGGCGGCUGGGCUCAAGGCGCACCUCAUGACGCAGCCGCUGGGCUUCCAUACGCCCGACUGCAACAAGCAGGGCUUCAUUGACCUGCCCGAGUUCCCCUUUGCGUUGGAGCCGCGGAUAUGCACUCGCUGGGAGAUGCACAGGUACGCGCGCGAGGCGUACGCGCUGGGCGUGCGCUACAUCGGGGGCUGCUGCGGGUUCGAAGCGUACCACGUGCGCGCCAUGGCCGAGGAGCUCGCCGUGGAGCGCGGAAGGCUGCCCGCUGCGUCGGAGAAGCAUGACAGCUGGGGCGCUGGGCUCGGCAUGCACACCAAGCCCUGGGUUCGCGCCAGGGCCCGCAAGGACUACUGGGAGAAGCUAGAGCCAUCCACGGGGCGUCCAUUCUCCUGCGCCUGCUCUCACCCCGAUAGCUGGGGCAUCACCAAGGGCCAUGCGGACCUGGUGCAGCAGACAGACGCGACCACUGAGAACCAACUCAAGGCGCUGUUCACCUCGCAGAAGAGCAAGGGCAGCAAGGCCGUCUAGUGCCUGCAGGGGACACGGCCUGGCGCUGCACACGCUCGCUCUGAACCCCCACUCCCCCCGUUACUCCUAACGCUCCCUCCACCGUCAAUUCUCGCACACUUAAUAAUACCGCCACUUCUUCACUCGUGAUGCCGCUGCGAGAAAGCACGUGUAAAUUAGAAUGCAUUAAAGUGCUACUGCAUUUGACGCUGAAAA